AUGGCAGCAACAAGUAGUGUUCUGCUACAGCUGGUGCUAGCAGCAACUGCAAUCAUUUUGCUAGAUAAGAUUGGCGCCGUCAGCAGUAACACUGCAGAUUUACAGCGCGAGUGGUGGCGAAGCAAACUUCCAGAGGUUGGAAUACCCGAAACGCUAGCAGUUCGUCUGUCUCCUCUUUCUUCAACGCAAGUACAGAAUUUCGCCACAGGGCUGAAGAACAUGGACGCGACUUAUGCCGGUCAAUUCUGCAAGUUUGCCGGUUUGUUAUGCCGUGAAGAUGUGCCUCAUAUUCUUAGACGAGGUUCAUCUCAUGGAAAAUCAGAAGGCACUCUUGAGGAAGAGAAGGAGCACGUGUUCUUCGACAAGGAAGAGCUGCGGGAGUCGGGGCAAAUAAUCUUGCCGGAUCUGAACUUUCCUCAAUAUUUGAAGUCAUUUUUGCCCAAGGACUUAGCAGAGAUGAUGCCACCAUUCUCUUCUGCAAAUGUUUCUCAAAUUCUGAACUUGUUAGACAUCCCGAGAGAGUCGAAUAUGUCCCGCAGCAUGGUGGACACACUGAGGAUUUGUGAAGAAAGGGAGGAUGAAGGAGAAGUGAAGAGUUGCAGCACCUCCAUUGAGGGCAUGGUGGAAUUCGUGGUGUCUCUUUUGGGAUCUGAUGUGGAGCUGCUUAGUGACCCAUCUGUUGUAGGAUCUGGUCAGCGGGUCACGGUUACCAUGGCGGCCAAGAGGGAGAAUAUUGUGGGCGGUAAACCGCCCGUAACCUGUCAUAAUUUCGUGUUUCCAUAUGGGAUGACUUAUUGCCAUUCUUUCAAUGGAAGUGAGGUGUUUGAUCUGCAGUUGGAGGUUGUGCAGGAUGAUGAAAAAGUAGUAAGGAACGCUACAGCAAUCUGUCAUUAUUUCUCUGAUGGAACAUUUCCGUCUAACCAUGAGGUGGUUUUAGAUGUACUACGUUUUCAGUCUGUUCUUGUUACUGCAGUUUGCAGUGUGGAUGAGGGGCUGUUGUACAUUGUUCAAGAGGUUAUAACGGGACCUCACAAUGUAAAGAGCUAA